CCUGGCUGUACAGCUAUGAUAGCAGCUGCAUAUCGUCUGGCAUUUUCUUGCAAGGUGCUCCGAAAAGUGUGUUUCCACCUUCCAGGACUCAUUGUUGCUGAAGCCGUCAUUCCAAUGAGGGGGUCCAGACACGUCAUGCUUCCAGCUCACCUUGCUCUUAACAGGAGUGCGGGUGUGCCACUGUUGCCAAGCACAGGGGCAGAACACUAUAAUUGCAGUGAACCAAGUGACAAAUUCCUGCAUUCCCUUUAUGCAGCCACAUAUACGAUCAUAUUCAUCCCAGGACUCCUGACAAACAGCAUGGCCCUGUGGAUUUUAUGCCGCUUCAUCAGCAAGCAAAACAAAACUGUCAUCUUCAUGGUGAACUUGGCCAUGGCCGACUUCAUUCAUGUUCUCUCCUUACCUCUCCGGAUAUAUUAUUAUGUCAAUUACAAGUGGCCUUUUGGGAGGUUCCUUUGCCAGGUCUGUUUCUACCUGAAGUAUCUCAACAUGUACGCCAGCAUAGGCUUCCUCACCUGCAUCAGUGUGCAAAGAUACCUCUUCCUGCUCUACCCAUUCAAGGCGAAAAACUGGAAGCGAAGGCAUGAUGUGGCCAUAUGUGUUGUGCUAUGGGUUGUGAUUGGAGCUGCUUGCCUGCCAUUCCCACUUUUAAGAAGUUUUGAGAAACCAGAGAGUUGCUUCACAGAUCUCAGGAUCAAGCCAAUUGGGGGCAAGGCCCACUCCAUUGUGGUGGUCAUGGUGGCUGAGAUUGUUGGGUUCAUCGUCCCGCUUGGUAUCAUUGUUUAUUGUACCUGGAAGACCAAAGCGUCACUCCAAGAACGCCACAUCCUUUUGGAAAGCACCAUAGAAAAGCGGAAAGCAUUACGGAUGGUUUCUAUGUGUGUCACUGUGUUCUUGGUGUGUUUCACACCUUAUCACAUUGUCUUUUUCUUCUUUAUGAUGGUCAAAGAAGAUGUAAUCCAAGACUGUGCCUUGAGCCAACCCAUCCUGUACCUUCACCCUUUUUGUUUAAGCCUUGCAAGCCUGAACUGUUGCUUGGAUCCCAUCCUCUACUUCUUUGUGACAUCGGAAUUCCAGGGCCAGAUACUGAGGCACAGCAGCUUGGCCAUCCGGAGGCGGCUGAUGAGCAAAGAAAGCGCUUCCUCUGUUAAAGAAUAAUUCCAGCUGGAUUGGCAAUUGGACAGAGGACCAUAGAAAAGGAUUCUAGCAUGUCUGGCCUUUCAUCCAUGAAGACCAUUGUCUGCCCGGGUUGGCAACACUUCUCCUGACUUUCAGAUGGGAGUUUUUGUUAGACUUACUUGGAAAUGUUGAAAUGGCAGGGAGAAGGUUUUAGGAAAGAAAGAGAGUUCCUGAGGUCUGGAAAAGCACAGGUUUAUUUCCAGCUGGGACUCUGGAGUGGAGCUGUGUCCAAAAGCAAACCAGAGCCCCGAUAAAACAUUGACUGCCCUUUUAUACCCUGCAAAUGCAGGCAAACAAAGAAAUAUGCUUUUACAUACAUUGACAUCAUUCUCUGCAUCACUUUAGCAUCACAGGAAUAUCUAAUUCUAUCUUCCAACAUACAAAAGGCAUGUCUCUGUAUUUCUUUCUAAAGAGCAGCAUACAGCUUACAGCUUACAUUCAUCAAUCAAGGGACCUACUUUGACUUGUUAGGAGAGAGAGAUAGGCUCCUUACUUAGCUAUAGCCUGGGCUCGGUACCAGUCUCUGUAUAGAUAACAUGACCCCUUCCUGGAAUGUUCUCUUCCCUCUUGCUAUGCCUGGACGUAGCUUGCUUGUCCUGUCAACAUUCAUUCUAAUACAGAGAGAACUUGAUUUUUCUAUACAUUUCAAUGCUUGUAAAGUACAUACAAUUUAUACAUAAAUCAAUAUCUAUUUUUUACAAUAUCUCCCCAUCAAUGUCAGGGUCUCAAUGUGAGAACUAUUGUGGGGUGUACUCAGAAGAAGUUUCUUCAACAGGCCAAAAGAAAAUCGCUGGAAGAUUUAGGAGCCCUACUUGAAGAUGCUAGCAACUGGAGUUCCUCUUUGCUGAAUGCAGAUCUUCUGAGUGCAUCCAUCCCACCCACUGGAGUGUUAUGGAGAUGUAAAAGUGUUAUGCGUUCUGUAAAAGUUGUGGUUAUUUUUUAUGCUUUCCAUCAAAUUGCCAUCAACUAAUGGUGGCUCUCCAGGAACCCUGCUCUAUCAAGUCUUGCUGUGGCUUCCUUCACUGAAUCCAUCUGCUUGUUGGGUGGUCUCCUUUUUUCCUACUGUCUUCUACCGUAUUAGUUUUGCAGGCUAUUGUUAUUAAAGCAGGGUUCACACAACCCAGAGAUCCAGUUGCUAGAGCUGUUCUAGUCAGGACUAACAAUACCAUUUUGGUUUUUUCCAACUGACUGUCUGAAUUUUCAGCAAUCCGUCCAUUACCUCAUAUGUUGGUGUCUCCAUAAACAUGUUUUUGACCAAUAAAAGAGUUUAGAUCAGUGUUUCUCAACCUUCCUAAUGCCACGACC